UUGUGUUCUCUCGCUCCCUCUCUGCAACAAACUCUGCGCCUUGGAACAGUUCUCGGCGGCGAGAGUCGACCGGAGGACCAAACGCGGCCGCGUAAAGCUUCUCGAAAUAGCAGGCAUGCUCUGCUCCAGAUAUUAAAGUACUUUAUCUUGGAAAGGUUUGCCCUAGUCUCAAAAUUAAACAUAUGCUCACAUCAAACAAGAACCCACACUAAAAUGGAUCUUCUCAGUAAAGCAUACGCAACUGCUUCCGAUUCCGAUGAGGAUGGUGGCACUGGGAGGCAAGUUGGUGGUGGUGGAUUACCAGAGCAAUGGGGUCCACUGCCGCCUCCUCCAAAACGCCUCAGACCCGAAAAAUUAUCGACGAGUCAGAUCCAGAUGGCCACGUUUCCUCCUCCAAGUCACCAUGCAGAAGCCCCGAUUGCUGGAAGAUAUAUAUCCAAGCGGCAAAGAGCAGCCACCUUGGAUCCUGUACCAACUACUGGGAACCGGAGUUACGUAGCACCUUCACCAGUGAAGGGAAGCAUUUCUGUUACAGAUGUACCACAUGCUAUUUUGACAACACUGCAGCGUCGCACGAAGGCCAGCCAAAAUCUAGUGUCUCUUUCUGCUGCUCUGGAUGGGCACACGAGCUCUGUCAACACGGUGCAGUGGUCCAAAACUCAUUCUCAUCUUCUUGCAUCUGCCGGCAUGGAUCAUACUGUGAACAUAUGGAAUGUAUGGAGUGGAGGUCAGAAACGAGCAUGUAUGUUUGACUAUCAUCAUGCAGCCGUAAAAGAUGUGAAAUGGUCUCAUAUGGGAUUAUCUGUACUCUCUUGUGGUUAUGAUUGCACAUCCAGAUUGGUUGAUGUUGAAAAGGGAAUGGAGAUUAAGGUUUUUAAGGAGGACCAAAUAGUACAAGUUGUAAGAUUUUCUCCAAAAAACUCUGAUCUUUUUAUUUCUGGGGGAUCAAAAGGUCACCUCAAACUGUGGGAUAUUAGGACUGGGACAGUGGUCCAUGAAUAUGUCCGCAGUCUUGGACCAAUCCUUGACGUGGAAUUUACCGUUGACGGCAUGCAGUUAAUGACCUCAAGUGAUGUGUAUAAAAGCAAUAUCAGUGAAAAUUCAAUUAUAGUUUGGGAUGUUUCACGGCAAGUUCCUUUAUCCAAUCAGGUUUACGCAGAAGCUUACACAUGCCCUUCUAUAAGAUGCCACCCAUUUGAGCCAUAUUUUAUUGCACAAUCCCAUGGAAACUACAUAGCUAUAUUCUCUUCCAGACCACCAUUUAAACUUGACAAGUACAAGAGAUACGAAGGUCAUGGUGUCUCUGGUUUCCCUAUCAAGUGCAAUUUCAGUUUGGAUGGGAAUUUGGUGGCCUCUGGAUCCUCCGAUGGCUGUAUCUACUUUUAUAACUCUAAAACAUCCAAACUUCUAAGCAAGGUAAAGGCAUACGAGCAGGCAUGCAUAGAUGUUGCAUUCCACCCUGUCUUGCCUAAUGUAGUUGCUAGCUGUAGCUGGAAAGGCGAGAUCUCCGUUCUCCACAAAGAUAGCAAUAACAAGUGGAACGUCUCACCAUAAAUUGCUUGAGCGUGCUGAAUCAGAUUGGAAACUCAAGAAUCUGAAUCAUGUACUUAGCUCUUAUGGGAACUUCAGACAAACCAGAGACUUAAGACAUUAAGCAAAAGCAAACGAGUAGACCCUCCAUGGCCGGAUCAGAUUCUGCAAAUGCUUGUCUGCAGUGCUGGGAAAUAUAGCAUGUUUGGAACGCUGCAUAUCAGCUAUCACUUGCUACACCCUGAAACCUCAUAAGUUUCAGAAAACCUCGGAGAAGAAGAAGCAGAAGAACGAAUGCAAGCAUAACACAAGGAAGGCUGUUACUGAUGUUUGAAACUGAUGAAGGUAUUUGAUUUAUUCUACCAUUAUUAUAACGUUAAAUCCAUGUACUAGUUGUUAUUAUACACACAAAAUAAAAUGAAUGACAGACUAAUAACCUGACUACAUAUUUUAAGUGUGUACUCAUUUAUCUGUAAACAUUCUUAAAGAUUGUUCUAAACCUUGUCUAGCUUUAAACUCCUUUGCUUUGUGCGUGCGUGUAAAACAUGUACAAUGUGAUGAGCAAGCUCACUAGGCAUUGAAAAUUGUCUGGUGAUUAUCUCUCAA